CCCAAUAGUAAUUCAAUAACAUCAACAAAGAGAGAGAAAUGGGGAAGAAAGGAAAGGAAAAAAUGUUGCAGUAUCCAUCAUUCAUGUUACAGUAUCCAUGCUCUACUCGGAUCAUUCCGACGUCGUUUUUGCUCCCUGCUCAGUGGCCUCAGCCUCACAGCGACGAGCUCCUCCUUGCUAUGGAGGAAUCUGAUUUCGAAGAAAAGUGUAAUGAAAUCAGAAAAAUGAACAGCAACUUAGUUGUAAUUGGGAAGACUAACAUAGAUAAUGAUAAAGAAGACUUUGACAAUGAAGCAGAGGAUGAUGAUGCAGACAAUGGCGAUGAAUCAGAGGGUGAUGACUUUGAGCAGGAAACUGGUUGACAAUGCCUUGUUUGGUUUCUUAUAUCCGUAUGUGUAGUGUAUAUGGUUCUAAAAUUGCUGGAAUUUAUGUAUUGCUUUGAACUUCAAGUGUUUUGUACAGCCAAGGAGAGAUGAUUGGCAUUUCCCUAACAGAAAUGGGAAGAAGCUUCAUGCUUUCUGGCAGAAGAAUCAUAUAUUAUGUUUGAUUAUGUUAUUUGUGUGAUACAAAAUUUCGACUUCUACAUUAAUUUGAAUCUAUUCAUAUGCAGUUCGAUACUAUUUAAUCUGCUGACUGCCAGAAAGCAUGAAGGCGAUUCACGAUUAAAAAUGUAGAGCUUGAAAACACUGAAUAAUGCCUGAUGAACAGCUGAGUUUUAGUGA